AUGACUACGAAAAUGGAAGCGCUACGUGCGGAAGGCAACGCGUUCUUUAGCGCCAAGGACUAUGAAAACGCAGUAAUCAAGUACACAGAAGGUCUGUCUUCUGCACCAUCGUCAUCUAAUCUAUCGAGUGAUGUCAUAAAGGAUGUUGAUACGCAGCGCGUGUUGCUUUGGAGCAAUCGUGCUGCUUGUUUCCUGCAGCUUGAAGACUUUGCCGCAGCAGAAAAAGACUGCACGCUGGCUUUGACAAUCGAACCAGACAAUUCGAAAGCACGGUACCGUCGAGCGCAAGCGUAUAUGGGGCUGGGAAAUCUGACGAAGGCGUUUAAAGAUGUGCACUUGGUGUUACAACAGGCGCCAACGAAUAAAGCAGCGGCUACACUCGCACGAAAGAUCCAGGAGCAGGUUCGUGAAGACGUUCAUGGUGUUCAAAAGGCCUUGGAUAGUAUUUCAGACGGUAUCAAUGGCGGAGUAAAAGAGAUCGUCAAGAUGCAGGAUAAGACAGUGGAAGCACUGCAAUAUCUGGAAAUGAAGAGCGUCACAGAGCUUGCGACUUUGCCUGGAGAAAUUGCAAAAAGAGAUGGUUUAACGAUUUUGUGGAUGGCAGCUCACAGAAUCAUGGAGCUGAGAGAGAAAGACGAAAAGAUGGAUAUUCUUUUGCUAAUUUUGUCUCAUAUUGUCUCAUUGCUCUCGAUUAUGGCAUCUGCAUCGACGGAACUAGCUGCGACAACAUUAAGCAGAAACAACGGAGUGCUGGACUUGGUAUUAGAGCUCCUGAAUCAGCAAGUGGCGAUUGAGUAUACAGCGAAAAAUGCGGAAAUGCAGACACAGAUGCCUGUGCAAGGUCGAAAGGCAAUUAUUAAACUGUCGGCAUUCCUUUUUAAACAUUUAUUGCUAGGAGCUAACUCGAAUGAUGAUGCAUGCGUCCGUCGUGUGCUGAAUGGAUUGUUUGAUGGUUUAAGGAGUCGGGAACGCGUGCUGCAGAUUGCAGCGCUCGAUGGGCUUCUUCACUUUCUCUCUGCAUCAAAUGGACAAAAAAAUGUCGAAGCAAAAAAAGAGGACAGCACAGCGCAGCAGCCUAAGGCACAAUUUGCAGCGCUCAUUCAGGAGUUGGGGCUUUUUUCGUUACUACACACAGCAGCGUCCAGUGCUUUACCAGGCUGUGGUACUGCUGGUACCUCGACAGCGGAGGCUCCGAAUUUAGGGCUCACGGCCACUUUUCUUAGUCGACUUCCGCUGGUUUUCACACAAUGUGUUGCACAUUUUGAAGGCGACGAUACAAUGUUAAAGAAGAUUGUGCGGGACUGGUGCGUUUCUCCUGUGCUGGCAGCCCGACCUACGAAUCGUUCACAACUUGCUCAGGCUUCGGCCUCUUGUUUGCUUCUCUCUGCUCUUUUUCUCUCGAACGCAAAGCUUGCAUUGUGGGCGGUGCAACAGACUGGCAAUGACGGCACUGCGUUUUUAUCCAGGCUACACGACUUUCUUGUUGCUUCGCGGACUUUUACUGACGAAAAAGCAACGACAAGGCAGUUGCAGGAAAUUUGGGUCGAUUGUGUUGCUAGCAUUUGUGGUGUGGAGAAUGGGCCUGCGUGUGUCCCACCAGCAUUGAGAAUUGAGAUUUAUCGUAUGUUGCACGCAUCACUAGAUGAUGAAGAAGACUUGAUGCUUCGUGCAAGUGCUUUAAGUAUUCAAGUGAAACUUGGAAUAGUUGAAAAGACUCUUGAAAUGCCAUCUGCAGAUGGUCAAUUUUUAAUGGAUAGCGUAUUUGAAACUAAAUCGAGACCUUUAUCCCAAUUAUUUUGGAGUGGCGUUUCGCCCAAAGAGCGGGGUAUCGAAGCUUUGUCUUAUUUAAUCACAUACACACCGGUUAAAGAUGCAUUCGUUAAGCAUUCUAGUGCAGUCGCUAGUGUCUUCGGGGUAGAUUUUCCAAGUGUCAAAGAUUCCAGUAGUGAAGCACAGGUAAGUGCAACUUUUCGGUCAAAUGUGUACUAUGGCAUUGGCUAUAUUUUGCACCACGUCCUGACAUCUGAAGCUGCCAUCAAGCGAAAACAAAUGGAAGGAAUGGAAAUGACGGCUGAUCAGUAUGAAGAGUUGCAGAAGGCGCUAAAGCAAAAGUCUGUACUGGACGAUGGAGACACUCCGGGACGUGUUGAAGCUCGUGUGACAAAACUGGCAGCGUCACGUGUAGUAUUGACGACACUUGGACAGCUUCUAAAGCUGUCAGCUACCAAGUCGGAAAAUAUUAUGGAAAUGGCAACACUUAGUGCUUUACAUGCAUCUGAAGUCCCCUCAGUGCGGGGGAGUUUAGUGCAGUGUGGUGUUUUUCAGGCGUUGAUUCCAUUAGCCCUUCAUCACAUCGCUACUGCUAAUGCCAAGGGCAGCAAAGUUAAAAAAACAUCCCAGAUUCAAGGUACUAAGAUAUCGAAUGCUGCAGGUCAAGCGAUGGCAAAGAUCUUGAUCAGUACGAAUCCAAACUUAAUUCCGUCGUCUUCACUUUUCUCUUCAAUUCGACCGUUACUGGACCUGUGUAAAGGGGAUCAACAGCUGCUUCAUUUUGAAGCGCUGAUGGCUCUUACGAAUAUUGCUAGCGUGUCCGAAGAGACAAAGGCUCGUAUUGUCGGUGAGCCGCAAGGGCUUUCCACGCUGCAGUAUCUGCAAUUCUCAGAGCACGAACUUGUUCGUCGUGCAGCCACGGAAGCAAUUUGCAAUCUACUUCCGAAUGGAAAGGUGAUUGAGCAGGUUUUCAUGAAUGAAGAGAAGGUACGACUCUGGAUUGCAUUUGCAUCUCUCGAAGACGAAGCCGAAGAUUUUGAGACGGCGCGCGCUGCGGGAGGUGCGCUCGCAAUGGUGUCCCAAGUACCAGAAGUUUGCUGGGUCAUUCUGCGUCAAGGUGGUUUCGAGGCGUUCGCUUGUAUCAUCGAAAAUGGGUCGAAAGUUGAGACGCUACAACGUGCUUUGGUUGCUAUGCAAAACCUUCUUGAAGCGAUCGCUGGUGCUGUAAAUGAUAAGGAAAAAGAUGAAAAGCGGAUCAAGUUUCAAAAUGAGGUCAAAAAGCGUGAAACAAAGCUGAAGCAGGCAAUAACCACUCACAGUGGUAAGAAGGAAUUGAAAGAUACUGCUCAGGCUUGUCUUGCAGCAUUAAAAGAGGUCAUUGAUUAG